AUGACUUUACGAUCCUGUUACGGCGCCAUCCCAAGGAAAUGGAGAACACCAAGAGCACUACGAGCUCUUUUCAUCUUUGAACUCAUUUGCGCCGUUCCUGCUCUCGCUCUGUACGGUAUAUCACAGCCAGAUUUAUAUCGCACGAAGUUCUGGCAAGAGGGUAGCGACCACGGAUGGAACAGCAGUCCUGACCAGAUCAUCUACUCGUACGCCAACUACAAGCCAGUUGAUGCACCAUUGCCAUGGAGCAACUUCACAACGUACUUUAACGUCAUUGUCUCGGUGGUCUCCAUCUUCGCUCUUCUACUCAAAAUCAUCGCGACUGUGAUGCAUAUAUUUCUUCCGAUUAUAUCACUGUUUGUGCAUGCCGGACUUGCUGCAGUCUGGGCCGUCGCCAUCCACAAUCAAGCUGCGUCGGACAUGAGCGAUCCCGCACAUCCACAACCUGGGGCGCCUUGGUAUAUAACAAAAAGCUGUGGUGAGGUUAAUCCGGAUUUGAAUGGGUAUUGCAAGCAAGCGAAAUCGGCUUUCGCAAUCACAGUAAUUCUAUGCGCCAUUCAAGUCGGCUACAUUAUUCUCACAAUAUUUUCGCUGUAUCCAACGAAAGAUUUCCGUGAGUCUCGACGCUCCAAACUUUCAGAUCAGGAAGCUCGUUAUCAGCCAUGGGAAAUGCUUGAGGCACCAAAGACACCAGGUACUGCCGGUGGCUUGAAAAGUCCGACAACGCCUAGAACAAUGGCAUUCAACAAGCUGUCAAGGAAAGGGAUCCAGCAGAAAGCCGCUCCCAAAAAGGAAACUCAGAAUAACGGGAAAGCACCGGAGAGGCAAGGAAAUUUGGGGAUUACAUUGAAACACCAUGUCUCAAUGAACGAUGACGAAGCAUAUGGAUCGGCUCGCGCUCCCAUGGUGGAAGCAGGCUGUCUUUCUCAGUGUACUAUGGAAGCUUUCGAGCGAAUAUACCUAGAUCUUUCAAAGCAACCUGGUAAAUGCAGGAUUGCUGAAACCGGCCUUGGAUGGAAACCCUCAGGCGGCGGUGACACCUUCACUUUAGAUGCAAGCAACAUAACAGCUGUGCAAUGGAGUAGAGCAGCCAAAGGCUUCGAAUUAAAAAUUCUCUCAAGAAAUGCCGGCGUAAUCCAGUUGGAUGGCUUUGAACAAGACGACUUCGAUCGCACAGCGAAAGUCUUCAAACUGUUCUAUGGCAUCAACCUCGAGAAUAAAGAACACAAUCUGCGCGGCUGGAAUUGGGGUAAAGCAGACUUUGGCAAAGCGGAGCUCUCUUUCAACGUUCAAAACCGCCCCGCAUUUGAAGUCCCAUAUUCAGAGAUAGUGAACACGAACUUGGCAGGAAAGAAUGAAGUGGCGGUUGAAUUCUCACUUCCAGCCAACGGCAGUGAAACAGGCACAAACGGCGACUUGGGUGGGGCAAGAGCGAGAGGGCGCAAAGCUGGUGCGGGCAAAGAUCAGCUCGUGGAGAUGAGGUUCUAUAUUCCCGGAACAGUGACAAAGAAAGAAGGGGACGAUGAAGGGGAUGAAAAAAGCGUAGACGGUGAAGACGUGGAGGAACAGAAUGCGGCCAAUGUUUUCUACGAUACACUAAUGGACAAAGCCGAGAUUGGGGAGGUCGCUGGAGAUACUUUUGCGACAUUCUUGGAUGUCCUACAUCUAACACCAAGAGGUCGAUUCGAUGUUGAUAUGUACGAAAACUCCUUCCGAUUACGAGGUAAAACCUACGACUACAAGAUCCAGUACGACCAUAUCAAGAAAUUCAUGCUUCUACCGAAACCAGACGACAUGCAUACCUUAAUCACUAUAGGUCUUGACCCCCCUUACGCCAAGGUCAGACCAGAUAUCCUUUUUAGUCAUGCAAUUCAAAAGAGAAGAGGAAGUGAUAAUCGAACUCAACAUGACAGAGUGAGUCUCUCCUUUUUAGACCUAGUCUCACGGAUCACUGACAACACCAGCGAACUCCUCGAAGGCAACUACAAAGGCAAGCUGCAAUCCCGCUACGAAGCACCCCAACACAGCGUUGUCGCCCAAAUAUUCCGAGGCCUCGCCGGCAAGAAAGUAGUCACCCCUUCCAAAGACUUCGUAUCGCACCAUCAACAAUCCGGGGUAAAAUGCAGCAUCAAAGCCAACGAAGGGCACCUCUUCUGCCUCGACAAAUCCUUCAUGUUCAUCCCCAAACCCUCCACCUACAUUCCCUUCGACAACAUCUCCAUGAUCGUCAUGUCGCGCGUAGGCGGCGCCGUGUCCGCAUCCCGGACGUUCGACAUCUCCAUCAUGAUGAAAUCAGGGGGCACUGAACAUCAAUUCAGCAACAUCAACCGGGAGGAGCAGAAGCCGCUAGAGGAUUUCUUCCAGGCGAAGGGGUUGAAGGUGCGGAAUGAGAUGCUGGAGGAUUCGAGCGCCUUGAUUCAGGCUGCGCUGAAUGAUGCGGAUAUCAAUAGUAGUGAGGACGAGGUGGUGCAGGGGAAUCCGGAUCGAGGGAGCGCGGAUGAGGAUAGUGAGAGUGCGGACGAGGACUUUCAGAGUGGGAGUGAUAGUGAUGUGGCGGAGGAGUAUGAUUCUGCGCACUCGAGCUCCGGGAGUGGGAGUGGGAGUGAUGUGGAAAUGGGUGAUGCGGAUGGGGAGGAGGCGAAUGGUGUCAAUGGGAAUGAGAGGAGUGUGGAGCCGAAAAAGAAGAAGGUUAAGACGGGGAAGUAA